AUGUCUGAACCGCAACGGUCUCGGUAUAUCGGGUGGGAUCCAGGCAAGCAGCCAGUGAAGUCGGAUGAGCGCAAGCUCAGAGAUUUAUAUAAUGGGUCGGUUUCACACGUCGAGCACCAAUCACGGACGAUCAGUGCUCAACGGCCGGCGUUUGUGGCAGCAGCUGCUCGAGUAGCCGCCGCCAAUGCAAAAAAAACGGGAUCAGAGGCUCCACAACGGCCUCUAUCAAGUCCUCAAAAACUUGGGGUCCCUCAGGAUGCGAAUCGAGCACAGCAAAGCAACCAUGCACGGUUUAAUUCUAUUUCCGCCAGAGCCGCUGCCGCGACGUCGGUACGGGCUGCUAAUCGGCUUUCACAAAAGCCAUUGGCUAAAACAAGCAGCGUCACAGUGAACAACAAACGAGCCGUAACCAAGGAUAUGAAAAACAAGAACCAAGAACCCGUGGAAAGCGCUGACUCCCUCGACGCAGAUGAUCAAAGUGGGUUGGCGAAAACUGCUGCUUCGACUGCGUUGACGGAUACGCCAACGAAAUCAGCUCGACCUAGAGACGGGUCCGUUUCCACGCUUUCUACAGUCUCUUUGCUUUUCGGAUCCGCCGGUGCUCCAACUGUCGCACUCACACCCGCGGAGGCAGCAACUUCUGCGGCAGCUGCCACUGCUCUAAAGAGGUCAAGACAGUCCUCAAUAUUGACGGAUUUAGACUACGAUACGUCGUUUACAGAAAGAGAACGUGAAGAGGCGUCACAUGCUGCACAGCUUGCAGCCCCAUCCAGCCUUGGAGUAUUUAGCGAAACAGAGGUUGGAAUUCCCACGAACGAAGGGUCACCCCCGUGCAGGACUGGGUCUGUUGAUCGCAUUGAACAAGAGCUACCAGAAAAGCCCAAAAAGGUUUUAACUGCCCAGGCCUCCGCGGCAGCAAGAGCAUCGUUGUUACGGCCCAUCGAAGUUGUCCCAAGAGAACCUCUGUCUUCCAAGUUUGUGUCCUCACUCAGUGCAUCACUCAAGUCCCAGAUAGACAAUAAAAACAAGGAGACGGAUAUGAAGGCGGCUGAAACCCAACGUCAACGAAACUUGGCAAUUGAACAAACAGCGGCACGGCUUUCAGCAACCAGGGACUUAGAUCUUCAUGAAGCGGCCUCUGCUUCAUCGGUACAACCUGAUGGACCCUCACAAUCAGCCCGAUCAGCUUUAGCUGCAGCCGUCAAAGCCACUCCAUUUGCAGAAACAGAAGUAAUAAGAAUCCAAGAAGUGGUGGCUGCAAGGUCACGACGGAAAAAGCGGUUCAGACCUUCUGGCCAAUGGAGCGGGGGAGGAAUUGCUCAACCUCAACGGGCAAAUACGCAAAAUGACCGGCCUCAUCUUGUUCAGCGUUGGUCAACAAUGACAGCGUCGCGACACGAAACCCCUGUGUCCGAACCCGUAACGUCUACAAGUACAUCUGAUGACGCGGCGUCUCCGUCGAAGAAGAACGGAUUCUUUAGUCGAAUGUUCCGAAAGAGUCCCAGUAAAUCAGAGGUGUCGCUGAUGACAAUUGAGGCUACCCCGUCGCCCGUGAUAGCCGCCACGAUACCAAAGAAGCACCUCAAGCAAACCAUGAGGGAUGGCCACAUAUCCAAGAAGAAGAUUUUCAAUGAAGAAAAGCCCUGGAAGCACCAUCUGGAAGCACACGUGAUUUCUGAAAAGGAACGGAAGCGGUACGAAAAAGUAUGGGCUGCCAACAAGGGCAGUCACGUUCCUCUUUUAGCGACUAUUGUUGAAGCCGUAGGCGAGCAAAAUGGCCUUCUACCGGCAGGUUUAGGCGAGCUUGAGGGAUACAAGUCUUCGCAAAGUUUGUUAUCUACUGCUUCUGCCAGCACACAACCGGUGGCCCAGCCGGGGAAUCACACAGUCGCUCAGCCGAUCCCAACCCCUGGGCUUGCACCCGCCCAUGCAGCUGCAAAUCUGGCUACAAACAAUGUUGCAAUGGCCCUCUCGCCAGUCCCAAGUUCGUUUGGAGUUGUGAACCGGCAGUCUUUUGAUGGCCGCAGUAUUCAGUCUAUAGACACUCUGGAGCAAUACGAACGGCAGCAGUUGGAAGAUAUUCAUGGCUACGUCGUGGCUCAACUUUGGCGACGCAGCCACCUGUCGGAUGAUGUACUGUCACAGGUUUGGGACUUGGUUGAUAAUAACCAAGACGGCACGCUGGACCGCAGCUCGUUUGUCGUGGGCAUGUGGCUGGUAGACCAAUGCCUCUACGGACGGAAGUUGCCCACGAAAGUAGACGACGCUAUCUGGAAGUCUGUGGGUCACCUCCAAGUGAAGAUCCGGGUCAAGAACCCACGCAAAAACCUGCUGCGGGUCAAGUAUCUCCGCCAUCGCAAGCGAGCGUCGGCAGCUACGGCCGUCGACCCAUACUUGAGCCUAUCUUAUUCUGCUGAGUCUCCACGUAAUACAGCCUCUGAUUGCUAG